AUGUUGACUGUAGGAAUUAACGGAUUCGGAAGAAUAGGAAGAAUGUGCUUGCGUGUUUGUCUCGAGAACGAUAUUGACGUGAGAUUAAUAAACGACCCGUUUAUUUCAACCGACUACAUGUUAUAUUUAUUCAAAUACGACUCGACUCAUGGUACUUAUCCCUCUAUAAUGGUAUGCGAGAAAGCCGCCUUGGUGAUUGGUAAUAAAAAAAUAUCAACUUCUCAAGAAAAAAAUCCUUCUAAAAUAAAGUGGAACAAUCACGGCGUUUAUUUUGUUAUUGAGGCAACUGGAGUUUUUACGUCACUUGAAAAAGCAUCGAUGCAUUUAGACGGAGGCGCAAAAAGAGUUGUGAUUACCGCACCAUCGGAUGCCCCGAUGUACGUUAUUGGGGUAAACCAUUGCAGUUACACCCCCAAAAAAGGAUAUGUUGUAUCAGCAGCAUCUUGUACGACCAAUUGCGUCGCUCCAGUACUCAAAGUGAUGAAUGAUAAUUUCCAAGUACUCGAAGCAAUGAUCACAAGUAUUCACGCGACAACUGCCACUCAAAAAACCGUCGAUGGACCCACUGGAAAGGCACGUUUACUUUGUAGUCAUUAUUCUCAUCUCCCACAAAAAACAACAAGCUAUGAUGAAGUAAAAACGGCGAUGAAGAAAGCCGCGGACGGUGAACUCCGCGGAAUAAUGCAUUACACCGAAGAUGACGUUGUUUCGUCAGAUUUCAACCACACUAAGUACUCGUGUGUGUUUGACGCAAAGGCUGCUAUUCCACAGACUGGCACUUUUAUAAAAGUUGUGGUCUGGUAUGACAACGAUAAAAUUGGAAUCAACGGUUUCGGACGUAUUGGACGUCUCGUCUUGAGAGCUUCCAUUGACCGUGGAGCGACGGUUGUUGCUGUCAAUGACCCGUUCAUCGACUUGGACUACAUGGUUUACAUGUUCAAAUAUGACUCAACCCACGGUAAAUUCAAGGGAACCGUCGAAGCCAAGGACGGAAACUUGAUUGUAAACGGUAACAAAAUCAUGGUCUUCAACGAACGUGACCCGAAAGCCAUUCCAUGGAGCAAAGCUGGCGCUGAAUACGUCGUUGAGUCCACUGGAGUCUUUACUACCAUUGAAAAGGCUUCAGCUCACUUGGAAGGUGGUGCCAAGAAAGUCAUCAUCUCAGCUCCAUCUGCUGAUGCACCAAUGUACGUCGUUGGUGUGAACCUUGACUCUUACGACCCAAGCCACAAAGUUGUGUCAAACGCAUCUUGCACAACCAACUGUCUUGCUCCAUUGGCCAAGGUCAUUCAUGACAACUUUGAAAUUGUUGAGGGUCUCAUGACCACUGUCCAUGCUACCACCGCUACCCAGAAGACUGUUGAUGGACCAUCUGGAAAGUUGUGGCGUGAUGGACGUGGAGCUGCCCAAAACAUCAUUCCAGCAGCAACUGGUGCUGCCAAAGCCGUCGGCAAAGUUAUUCCAGCUUUGAACGGCAAGCUUACUGGUAUGGCAUUCCGUGUCCCAGUUGCCAACGUAUCCGUCGUUGACUUGACAGUCCGUCUUGGCAAACCAGCAACCUACGACGCAAUCAAGGCCAAGGUCAAGGAAGCCGCUGAGGGACCACUCAAGGGCAUCUUGGGAUACACCGAAGAUGAUGUUGUAUCCUCCGACUUCAUCGGUGACAACCACUCAAGUAUUUUCGAUGCCAAGGCUGGAAUCCCAUUGAGUGACGGAUUCGUCAAGCUCAUCUCUUGGUACGACAACGAGUUCGGUUACUCCAGCCGUGUCAUUGACCUCAUCAAGUACAUGCAAUCCAAAGACCAAUAA